UAGCAGAGCCUCAAAUGUAUCCGAAUUUCGCUAAGUCUUGAGCAGACUCAAAGAUUUACAUGAGAAGCUGGAAAGGUCCGAUCAAUCUAGUCUUGCAGCUAAAUUGUCGGACAUAAAUGACUCCUUAAGCAUUAUCGAAGGUAACCAGACCGACUUCUCCGAUACAGUCCUGCAAACUUUGGAGAGGAUCCAUUCUACGAUGGUAAAUGGCUUUAAAACUGUGGAAGACAGGAUAUCCACGCUAGAAGCCAAACUAACCAGCCAUGAGACUGGAAGCUAUGAUGCAGUGACGCCGCCGAAUUCUUCAAGAAAAAGAAAAAUCGCACGGCACCCUGAUCUUUCGCAUUACGUCCGCUCCAAGAUGGAACAGUUAGGACUGUCGUGGAACACGGAAAGGAAGGAGAAUGAGCCACCAAACCAAGAAGUUGCCAGAAGACUUCUUAAAGAAGUUCAAGAAGUUGAGCAUGUAAAGAAUGACUCUCUCUGCACAGAGAGGCGGAUAUUUGAAACUGGAGAAGAGACUGAGAGUGGUUACUGAGGAAGAAAAG